AAUGGAGGUGUAGAGAAUAAUAAUAUAAUAAUAAAAUUGUGGAGGUCGGUUGGGUUGGGUGAAAAACCCUAAAAGUAGAUUUGGAGAUCAGAUCUGAAAUUGUUGAAUGGAUUCAAGCAGGAGGGCGGUAGAGUCGUAUUGGAGGUCACGGAUGAUCGAUGGAGCGACCUCUGAUGAAGAUAAAGUGACGCCUGUUUACAAAUUGGAGGAGAUUUGUGAGUUGCUUAGAUCCUCACAUUCCUCUAUUGUUAAAGAAGUAUCUGAAUUCAUCCUCAAACGUCUCCAACACAAAUCCCCAAUUGUCAAGCAAAAGGCUCUCAGAGUGAUCAAAUAUGCUGUCGGAAAAUCUUGUCCAGAAUUCACAAGGGAGAUGCAAAGAAAUUCAGUCGCUAUACGCCAGUUAAUUCACUACAAAGGUCAACCCGACCCUUUGAAGGCUGAUGCACUCAAUAAAGCAGUCCGUGAAACAGCGCAGGAAGCAUUAUCUGCUCUAUUUUCUUCACAAGACACUAAACCUCCCACAGAAAAUCUAAAUCUUGGUGGCAGAAUACAAGGCUUUGGUAAUACCAGUUAUGAAAUUCAUGAUGAUAAGAGGUCUUUCCUCAGUGACGUUGUUGGUGCUACAAUUAAACAAGGACUUAAUACUCUUACACAAUCUCCUCCUCUCAAAAAGAAUGAUACUGGAACUUAUACAAGUCCAAAUCUUCAGAGCUCAUUGACAACUCAACCUGACACUUCUCACAAUCAUACUUCUCGCUUUUCAACAAAUCCUGCUUCUGCAACUUGGACUCACACUGAAACAACAACCAAGCCACAUUCUGCUGAAAAGACCCGAGAAGACAGGUUAUUAGAAACUAUUGCAACCUCCGGUGGAGUUCGUCUGCAGCCAACUCGGGAUGCACUUCAGGUCUUCCUUCUCGAGGCUUCAAAAUUAGAUGCCUUGGCUUUGACUCAUGCCCUUGAGUCAAAGCUGCAAUCACCUUCGUGGCAGGUUCGUGUGAAAGCAAUCUGUGUCCUCGAGGCCAUCUUGAGGAAAAAAGAUGAUGCUCACUUUGGUACUAUGGCAUCUUAUUUCACUGAAAAUAGAGAUGUUGUGGUAAAAUGCUAUGAAUCUCCCCAAGCAUCAUUAAGAGAAAAAGCAAACAAAGUCUUAAGUCUUCUGAAUGAUGGACAAACAGCUGAUGCUGUGGCUCAUGUAGAUAGGUCAGCAAAUGCUUGUAACCCUGUUGUCCAGAUGCCUGACUUGAUAGACACAGACAAUUCUGAUUAUCUGUUUGGAACAGAUAAUUUAACAAAUAUGCAGAGUAGUGAAGGAAUAAAGAUUGCAUCCACCUCUGCCACCCCUCUGAUGGAUGAUCUAUUUGGAGACAAAUCGGGCAGCAGCUUUAGUUCCAGCCAAAAGAAAAAUGAUGAUGACCCCUUUGCUGAUGUUUCUUUUCACAUCAGUAAUGAGAAAGCGCCUGAAGCUGAUCUCUUUUCUGGAAUGACGGUUGACAAAUCAGAUGCUACUGAAAUCCAUUCGGUGAAUAAUAGAAAUGGACCUGAACUGUUUGAUAUCUUUGGUUCCAGUGUUGAAGUUCCUCGGGAGCCCAAUAAUUCUAGAAAGGAUGUUCCUGAUUUAAUGAAUAGUCUCUCUUUGAAUGGGAAUGAGUCAUCCAUGGAGCAGAAUGGCAGCUCAGGGGCAACCCCCUAUCAGAAUAUAUUUCAAGAGCCCACUAUUGACCCUUGUCAUCACGCUUCUAAUGAUGUCAUGAAUAGCAUACUUUCCUCCCAGGCUGGUGGAGUUAAUGCAAAUCCCAUGUUUCCUUUGGGUUCUAUGCAGUAUAACUUGCCUCCUGGCUUCGUGUUGAAUCCAUCAUUUGCUCCUCAGGCUCUAAACUAUAAUGCUAUGGGAAACAUUUUUGCUCAGCAGCAACUCCUUGCAACGCUUUCCAGUUAUCAGCAAUUAGGGAGCAUGCACUCAUCCACUAGUGCUAGUCAUGCUGCUGAUUCUGCUGAAGUUUAUGGUUCAGCUCUCCCCGAUAUCUUCAAUGCUAGCAUUUCUAAGCAAACUCCUACUUCCUUGAUGAACACUUCGAAGAAAGAAGGUACAAAGGCAUUCGAUUUUAUCUCGGAUCAUUUGGCUGCAGCUCGUGAUCCAAAGAGGGUGAUUUGAAUGGUAAUCAUUCAAAGCAAAUAAGAAUACAUUGCUUAUAAUAUGUAGUAGCUAUACACAAUUUGAAGCACGAAUUUAAUCUGUAAAGUUCCUUUAAGAGCAGUGCUGUCAGUGUGAAAAGACCAACUAUUUUUUUUCUUCUUUUCUGCCCAAUAAUGAGUAUUAGCUUUACCUGAUGAACAAAUGUUUGGAUGUCAUUGCCUUCGGAAAUGGAGUGCUGCAAGGGUUUUAGAGGUGUUGUAUUCUGAUAUUACGAUAAUUAUUGGAUGACGUUCUUUGGUGUCUCUCAUGUUAUUCUUUUAUUCCCAUCUCUGUUGUAAAACUAAAACUCUAUAAUAUGAGAAAUAUGGCAAAUUAUGACAAGAAAUAAAUGAAAGGUAAAUUGUGAUUUA